UUCAGAUUCAUCUAAUUCUUCCAACUUCCUUUUAUCACCAUGCGCAUCCCCUUCAGCAUCAGAACUAAUGCGGAAAAGGGGAAGAUCAAACUCAAGCGACGACAGUUACACCUCCGGAGUGAAAUUUGGGAGGUUUGCUGAAGACCAUGUUUCAGAAUGGGAUAUUUGUAAAUUAGAAUCUUUUGGAAUCUUUUAUGACGAAAAAGCAACAGAAUUAUCUGAGUUAUAUGAAUCAGCCCUGAAAGACUUGUAUUUGGUACUAGGUAUCAAAGAUCAUGCUACGUUGUGGUCUAAACUUCUUGAGAUAAAGGAAUUUCUGGUGGAAUCAACGAAAAGUUGCAUGCAUAGCUUAGAUGCAGAUGAAGAAUUUUCUGAAAUUGAUUCAAUGAGUCGAUUUGUUGUUGUGAAAGAAACCGAAAAAUGUUUGCAAGCAAUAGCAAAAAUAAAAGAGGAAAUGGUAAUGAAAGGAUCUGCAUCAUCAAUGGAUUAUCUCUCCUGGCACAUUUUUAGCAUUUGGCAUACUGGUAUUUUGGAGUAUGUUGAGUAUUAUUCCGACCUAAUAAAAGAAUUGAGAUCUCAUGGAAGAUGUGGAGUGGAAGGGGAAUUCAGUCAGCUUCUAAUAUUCUUCAGCAAGAUAUUCCUGUUGAAUGCUAUGAGAGGAGAUGCUUUGCCGAAAAUGCAAAUGAUGCUUGAUGGAGUAGUUACAACAAGUGUUCCCGAUCUGAGAUACAGGUUGCAGGGGGAAUGUCACAGUGGUUUUAAAAGUAAUUCAUCUCUACUGACAGUGACUGUUGGAGAGGUGAAGAGGUGGUCGCUUUCACAUGAAGAAAAAACUACCGCUGAUUUCAAUAUCAGAAAAUUGAAGUUUACAGGCCAGUCUGUAGAAAGCUUGUUAGGGCGGCAUGGAGGAGAGCUCUUAGUGGAAUGGAAAAAGUCUGCUUUACAAGAUACAAAUUUAGGAAUAAUUUGUAUUAAGAACAUGAUCAUUUUCACGUGUUUGAAGUUGGACAGAGAGCAUUUAUCAAACUUAGCACAUGGUCAUUCAGUGGAAAAUGAGAGAAGUGUAAUCCGCUACUCAAAGCCUUACAACUUCUUAGUUAGAAAAGAUCGAGAAGAAAUUAUGGAUACAAUGUUUCAUCUUGGUUUGCUCUGUAGACUUGGAAGUUUACACUUGCUUCUGGAUUAGCAACACAUUUCGCUUUUUUGUGUUAAUAAGACCUUGAAUACAGCUCAAAAUUUGUGAAUGAAUGCAUUGACAUGUUAAUGAAAGAUAUGCUACUGGAUCUUUUGAGAGGAGAAAUGGAUGACAAGGACAGGAAAAUGAAAUGUUUGGAAAAAACAUGUGCAGAAUUGGGGAAAAUUCAAGAAGACUUUUGAAAAGAAAUGAAAGCAGAAUAUAUUCUACAUAAGGUGAUGAGACCCCAAGAUGAACAGUGCCAUGUAUAAUUAUUUCAUAACCAUUGUAUCUUUUUGGUUGUUGAAAUAUUGGUAUUGAAUACUAUAUUUUUUAGCAUAAAAUAAUAGUGAAUAAAAAUAAA